UGAUGCAGGAGGCCUACAGUAUUUUGUUAAGAGAUCUUGUUUGAAACGCGAAUGUUUAGCGCCAAAUUACAAAUGAAGGCCCCCGGUCAGGCCAAAAGGUCAGCAGCGACACCUCGGGUCACUAGACCCACGAGCUGACCCCGGAAGCCCAAAAACUCGCCCCAGUCUACCGUGGACAGCCAUCGAGUGCAGUAACGCGUAAAUCUUUAAGUACAUCUCCCAAUUCUACCCCAGUACAUCACCUAAGUGAAUCCCCAAGUGCAUCUCCUUCAGAGAUAAAAGGUCUAUUUCUACCUUACUAAGUUACUCAACAAAUCAAAAUAAGUGUGAAUCGAAUAUUCAAGAACAACUCAGUACAUUAUUAAUUAAUUGUUAAAUAUAUGUGUAAACCCUCGACUUUGGUGGCACGUGGCCCCAAUUAAACUUUUAUACAAAAGUGAAUAACGAACUUAAUUUCACCCGGAUUUAUCCUGUCAGAUCCUUCACCUGAUUCGUCAUCCACAUCCACCCUACAGAUUAGAACCUCCCCAAACAUUGGUCCUUCGAGCCGGAUAGUGCGUGUUAAAAAUCAAGUGAAGUGCCGCGUGUGAAAAAUUGGACGCCUCAUGCUUCUGGAAAUUUCGAGGUUCUCAUAAGUGCCAGCAAGGACUUCAACAGGCAGGAAAAUCAACGAGGGAUUAGCAGCGAGACACUUUGUUUACAUCAAACAAAGCCCAAGGUCAGUGGAAACCCAACGGUGAAAUUCCUCAAGUGAUCGGGAAGAUUCGAUAGUGUUCGAGCGCCUUCGGAGAGAGCCAAAACUUGGGCCGAAUAGUGAGCAACAGGUGGCGAUCGCAGCGUCACGGUCGAUAACCGGCCGACAGCAGACAUCCAACAGUCGGUAACUGAUCGAUACUCGUCAACUCGUCGAUAACCGAGCACCUCACCAUGAGCGAUCUCAACGAGCCCAGUGACAGCUCAACCCUCACGCCAAAGGAUAUCCCACAGGAGUCGUGCUCCUGGGCUGAUGCAGCGGAGGAAAUUAAAUUAACAGUGGUUGAUGAGUCCCUCAACAUCGAGCCAACCCCGACAAGGCCAAUCAAGGUGAGGCAUUCAGAAAUAGGAGCCUCCGAACAGGACAUCAGCGCACCUCAACGCAGCAAGCUUCGGUUGCUAAAAUACAAGUCUCAGGUCAUCAGAGAGGUGUAUCGGGAACUGUCUCGUAUAUACGAGACACAGAUCCCAUACACCAUAGAAGAAUUAGAAAGCCAACGGGAUAUUGUUGAGCCGGAGUGGGCCGAGCUCAACAAAAUUAAUGAUCUAUUAAUAGAUUCUCUGCCCGAAUACCACGACAAUCACCAGGGCAAGGAUUAUGACGAGGUGUCCCGUUACAAACGAGGUUGUUUAACCUUAAUGGGACAGAUAAGAGGCCAGAUCGUCAAUGCUAGGGAUGCAGCCAGAGCACAGGAUUCGACGUACGCUCACCAACUGGGGACCCUCAAGAUCAAACCCUUUGAUGGCAAAAGAAAGGAGUGGAGAGAGUUUAGUGAGUCGUUACUGACGAUGGUAGGGAAUGACGACACUAUUCCCCCAGUAAAGAAGCUCAUGUGGCUGAAGACGUUCCUGAAAGAGCUACCAGCCGAGCUCUUAGCUACAUUCAACACGCAGCCAGCGAGUUAUGAAAAGGCGUGGCAGAAACUCGUCAGGAGGUACGAGGACCCCAGGUUAGUGGCUCAAACACUAUUCAAUAAAGUAUUAGACUUGCAGCAGAUCCACAAGCCCACUGCCGAAAUCCUCGGAUCAAGAGCCUCAGCAGUGGUCGAGACCCUCGACCAACUGAAGGAAGUACCAGGGCUCGAUUCAGAGAACAUCACCGAGCAACUCUUCGCCCACAUAUUGAGAAGAUCACUGGAUGUGGAUACUCCCAAACAGUGGGAGGUCAAGUUGGGAACGUCUAAGGAUUUUCCCAGUCUACAGGAGUUCGUAGACUUUCUUGAGGCUUAUGGAAGAGCUCUCAACGCAGGAGCCAGUCUCAAGGAGUAUCAUGAGAGCGGUCCAGCAAAUAGGAAGCUCGUCACGAAAUUAAAAGAUGGAUACACAGCCACUCAACAGCAGGACGCCCAUUCUACAGAAAGGCUUCUCCCCAAGACGAACUGCGCGUAUUGCAAGGGAAGGCAUUUCAUAGCAGCUUGUCCCUUAUUUAAGACACUCAUCCCAGUAAAGACGAACGAGUUCGUCGUGAAUAAGGAGCUAUGCUUCAGGUGUUUGGGUCCCCAUCGAAAACCGAAAUGUAAAUCAACCAAGACGUGUCACGAGUGCAAUCGAGACCACCAUACGCUAAUCCACAACGGGAGCUCGUGGACAACGGCGCCAUCGAUGGGAGCAGGUUUCCGAGCAACGGAGAAAAAUGAUGAGCAUCCAAAACCAGGCACCUCAACCAGAUUAAGUACAUCAUCAGCAUCAACGGAGAUCAUCGACCAGAGGAUCAAUGAGGAGUCAACAGAAAUCCACGCAGUACAUCAGCCAGAAGAAGACCAACAAGCGGUAUUACUCGCCACCGCAAGACUAAGAGCACAUUCACCUAGAGGAUUCACGAUGAAAGCGAGAGCGCUAAUUGAUCAAGGAUCGGAGCUAUCCUUUAUUACUGAUCAAUUAGCAACAUCAACUGCAACUCAAGAGAAGGCCAUCAUCAACAGAACUAAUAGGAAUUGGCGGACUCAACUCAGGCAUCACUCAGGGCGUAGUGAACGUCAUUCUUCAGUCAACUCAGGGGCAGAGGCACAUCACAAUCAGCGCCCACGUACUGAGGAAAUUGACAACUACACUGCCAUCAUUCUCUUGUACAUUAGCAGACAUCGGCUCACUAGAGAACCUUCACCUAGCCGAUCCUCAAUAUCUCAAACCUGGACCGAUCGACAUCAUCAUAGGAGCAGACUAUUAUGGGCGGAUUAUCGAGAAUCAGAUCAUCAAGUCUAG